UGGUGAAAUAAAUAAUUUUAAGAUAUUCUGUAUAUAUGUACAUUUUUUUAAUAAUAUGCUUGUUCUCGUUCACUUUCUGAGCGCUGCCGCCACCUGUCGCUUGUUUGUCUCCACUGAGCACGGGAGAAGGAGGGGCGGGGCUCCGCUCUGGAAAGGCCGUUGCUUGGUUACCGUGCGAGUGACAGCGCGAGACACUUCCGGCUGCGGCUCGGGUGAGAGAAGGAGAGCGGAGACCAAAGCUGUCGGAAGGAGCCGUAAUGGCGUCAGUGCUCUCUAUUUAGCAACAGGGGCAGUAGCUGUUCUUAAUCCGCAAACAUCGCCCUAAAUAUAGGCCUGAUAGGCUCCCAGGGCCACUCAAAAUAAACUAGAACAUCUACUGCACACGAAUAUACUGACAUUUCUGACCAAUAUCAAAAACAAAGAGAUUAAAAGACUGUAUAUAUAAAACGACCAUGUAAACAGUAUCAACCGGUUCACGUUUUCAUUUUCAGUUUUGUGAAACAAUAUCGCCCAUUCAUCAUGGACUCUGGUUGUUUCUGCGUAAAAAGAAGGAAUUAAAUAAAUUUCAUUUAGCCUGCAAUCGGGCUACGCGAUAAUAAUAAUAAAAAAAAGGUCUUGAGAUCAGACGUUUCUUUUACAAAAAGAUAAUUAAACAUUACCAAUACUGCUGCUGCUAGCGGGGGGACAAUGAGCAGGAUGUAACGACUUCAAUACCCAGCAGUGUGCUUUUAAAAAAAAAAAAAAAAAAAAAAAAAACAAACCAAGAUCCAAUUUCAGUCGCUCUAUUUAUUUUAUUCUAUUUUUUUUUUCACCGUAGGUCAGUGAGGGAGAGCAUAAGCAGGAGAGAGAACGUGGGCUGCUACGUGAUUUUUUUUUUUUUUUUUUUUUUGUUUUUGUAAUUUAUUUAAAAUUACGUUUUUUUUGUGUGUGUGUUACUUUAAUGUUUCGUUGUGGUUGGAGAGGCCCGGCUUUGGCAGGAGGUGUAUUACCGUGAGGAAUGCCCGGUUCUGAGAGACACCAUGGAAGAAAAAAGCCGGAUGGAGGCAUUGCCGUUCCGUUACAACAGCCAAGCAACAGCGGGGCCCUUCAUACCGCGCAGCCACAACCUUCCUCGGCUCCAAACAUGACCAGCAAAGACGGUAAGCAGAACCUAAAGGCCUCCUUGUCAGCCUCCACAGCUAAGCACAAGCGCCACAAAUCAUCCAAGCAUAACCGCCAAGCAGCGGCGCUAGACCACAGGCCCGGGACUACCACAAGCUCCGCGGCGCCCCCAGCGGUGAGUGUUAUUAAACCUUUAGUGGAGUACGACGAUAUCAGCUCGGACUCUGACACUUUCUCGGACCCUCCCACACGGAGAUCAGACAAGACCGGGAAAGGGGGAGGCAGCAGCGUGGAAGGUCGGGGUCACAAGCACAGGCACCCCCACAAGAGGGCCAAAGACCUGCACAAGGUAAAGGAAAUAAGGGGUGGGGAGAAGAAGAGAAGUAGCAAGGAGCGAGAGAAGGAGAGCGAGGGGGCCAGGGGCAAGAGCAGCAGAGACAGGUCCUCGGGCUCCAGGAAGUUUGAGGACGGGGCGACUGGGAAGCGGGGCGAGCCCGCUGUCUCCUCAGCGUCCUUCGCUCCAGGACAACCAGCAGGUGCCAACCCCACUCCCUCCAAGAGCAAGGAGGGCGGCCGGGUGGCCAAGUCCCGCAAGGACAGCAAGCAGAGGCGAGACAAGGGAGACUCCCGCGCCGCCUCCUCCCAGAAGGACAGGGGGGACAAGAGCCAUCGCAAGAAGGGGUACAAGGGGAGCCCCCGUAGGAAGCAGAAGGGCUCCCCCAGCCCCAAACCCAGAGGCGGGGGAGCCGAUGACAGCCCUGGGGCAGUGGGGGGUGGGUAUGGGCAGGACAGUGAGGACAGUUACCACUAUCACCACCGGAGGCAGCAGAGCCCCAGCCCCCCGGCCUGCAAGGAGCCCUCCGGGAGGGGCAGGCAGCGGUCGGACAGCCGGCACCGCUCUUCCAGCUACGAGAGAGACAGCAGCCCUGGCUACUCCAGCAGGCGGCGCUCCCUCAGCCCCUAUGCGAACCGGAGGUCAUCCAGCACUAGCCCCGUGUCACGGCGGUCGGUUCGUUCGCGCAGCCGCUCCCCGCCCCCCUUCUCUUCCUCGUCCCGUCGCUCCUCGUCUCGCUCUCACAGUAAGAAGCGCUCGUCGGGGUCUCGGAGCCGGCAGUCUAGCGUGUCGCCCCCCCCUCCCGCCCGCUUCCCUCUCAACUCCAGCCUGGGGGCUGAGCUGAGCCGCAGAAAGAGGGAGCGCCAGGCCGCCGCCGCUGCUGCCGGGGCUGCUAGGGGCUCCCCAGGGCCACGGAGAGAGGAGCCCAGGGCUGCAGCUGCUCUCCCAACAGCCAACGCCAAGAGAGGGCCAAGCAAGCCUCCUCCCAAACCAGCUGAGAAGCAGAGCGAGGCUGAGACCAACUCCGUCACUGCGGCCGCUACUGCGGGGGUCAAACCAGAGCUGGAGGAGGUGUCCCCCCCAGACAGGAACACGGCGCCCCCCUCCGUCAUUCUCACCCCAGCCCCUGAGGACACCCCCCAGCUCCCACUCCCCUGCUCUGAGCCCCCCAGGGAGGAGAAUGCCUCACUGUCUGCUCCCCCUCCUCCUCUCCCUGUCCCCCAGUUCUCCUCUCCCCCUGGGGACUGCCCUCGGAGCUGUUGGGGGGGCCAACACCCCGUGGGGCAACGUUCAGUGGGUUUCUGGUCCACCCUACCCCCCCUCCCCCUGCCCCCCAUGCUGCUGGGAGAUAACAGCUUGGGCAGCCCGAAGGAAUUGCCCCCCCAUCGCUCUCAGAGGAAGGAGAAGGAGGGUCGAACCCGACACCUGCUGACUGACCUGCCCCUACCACCCUCCCUGCCAGGGGGGGACCCUUCACCCCCCCAGUCCCCCGCCCAGAAGACACCCCCCCAGCCACAGUCUGCCUUCAAGAAGAGACCAAAGUUCUGCUGCCCGCGCUACGGAGAGAGGAAGCAGACGCAGAGCGACUGGGGGAAGCGCUGCGUUGACAAGUUCCACAUCAUCGGCAUCAUCGGAGAGGGAACCUAUGGCCAGGUGUACAAGGCGAAGGACAAGGACACAGGGGAGCUGGUGGCCUUGAAGAAGGUGCGUCUCGACAAUGAGAAGGAGGGGUUCCCCAUCACAGCGAUCCGAGAAAUCAAGAUCCUGCGGCAGCUGAACCACCGCAGCGUGGUCAACAUGAAGGAGAUUGUGACGGACAAGCAGGACGCGCUGGACUUCAAGAAUGACAGAGGUGCGUUCUACCUGGUGUUCGAGUACAUGGAUCACGACCUGAUGGGCCUUUUGGAGUCAGGGUUGGUGCAGUUCUCAGAGGAGCACAUCAAGAGCUUCAUGAGGCAGCUACUGGAGGGGCUGGAGUACUGCCACAAGAAGAGCUUCCUGCACAGAGAUAUCAAGUGCUCCAACAUACUGCUGAACAACAGCGGACAGAUUAAACUGGCAGAUUUCGGUCUGGCUCGACUCUACAACUCGGAAGAAAGCCGUCCCUACACCAACAAGGUGAUCACACUGUGGUACCGGCCGCCCGAGCUGCUGCUGGGAGAGGAGCGCUACACUCCAGCCAUCGACGUGUGGAGCUGCGGCUGCAUUCUCGGGGAGCUGUUCACCAAGAAGCCUAUCUUCCAGGCCAAUCAGGAGCUGGCUCAGCUGGAGCUCAUCAGCCGUUUGUGUGGCAGCCCCUGCCCAGCAGCCUGGCCCGAUGUCAUCAAGCUGCCGUACUUCAACACCAUGAAGCCCAAGAAGCAGUACCGGCGCCGGCUGCGGGAGGAGUUUGCUUUUAUUCCCAGCCCUGCUCUGGACCUGCUGGACCGUAUGCUGACCCUUGACCCCGGGCGGCGCUGCACAGCGGAGCAGGCCCUGCAGAGCGAUUUCCUGAGCAACGUGGAGCCCAGCAAGAUGAGCCCCCCCGACCUCCCUCACUGGCAGGACUGCCAUGAGCUCUGGAGCAAGAAGCGGCGGCGGCAGAGACAGAGCGGGGUGGCCGAGGAUGUGCCCGUCACCAAAGUGCCUCGCAAGGACCCGGCACCCCCUCCUGCAGGCAAAGAGAACAGCCGCGCCGUCCCCAGCCCUGCAGGCACGCAGCCCCCCGGCCCUCCCUCCAGAAAGGGCCCCCCCGCGGAGGAGCUACCCGGAGGGACCGCCACGCUGAGAGGUCUCGGUGAGGCUGCAGAGCAGCUCAAUCAGAAUGAGAUGGCCGUGCUGCUCAAUCUGCUCCAGAGGCAGACGGAUCUCAGUCUGCCCCAGAUGGCGCAGCUGCUGAACGUGGGUUCGAACCCGGAGACACAGCAGCAGCUGGAAUCUCUCACCCAGUCGCUGUCCGCGCUGACAGAGGCAUCCAAUCAGCAGCGAGGGUACCAGAAGGAGGAGGAGCCUAGCUCUGCAGAAACUGUAGCAGAACAGCCUCGCCCCCCCGAGCCCGCUCCAUUGGCCGACCUGCCUGCCAGUCAGGAGGAUCUGCCCAAUCUGCUGGCUCUGCUGCUGGGGCAGCUCAUCAAGCCACAGGAAGGGGCGGAGCAAGCAGACGAGAGCAACGGUGUCCAAUCAGAGGAGCCUCCGGCAGCCAGCAGCAAUGAACGCAAAGAGUCAGGUCUUGGCCGACGGAAGGUACCGGGUUCGAGUCCGGGCAUGGUCCCCCCUGAGAAGAGGCCCCCAGAGCCCCCAGGGCCCCCUCCCCUUCCCUCCAGUGAGGCCGAUGGGGAGCUCCCAGCAUCCCAGGACCUGAACCCAGCAGUGGCCGCGGCACUGCUGCAGCUCAUCACCCAACAGGAGGCAGGGCCAGGCCAGGAGAGGGUGGGGCCGAGGGGGCAGGGGGAGGAGCCCCAGCACAGGAGGGCAGAGUCGCACAGAGGGGCCCGCUCUUCCAGCCAGCAGAGAGCAGCGCAACCAGCCUGGAAUAGCACUGCGGGGGGAGGUCAUCCCUCUGAGCCUCCCCCUCCUGACAGAGCCCCACCCGAGCCAGACACCCCCUCUGGGAAGGCACUGCUGGCUCCCCCCUGCUCCACGCAGUUCCCUGGGGAUCAGGACCUGCGGUUCAGCCGUGGCGGGCCCCUAGGGAAGCAGCAUGCUGAACCAGGGGCCACAGAGCACAGCAAUUCUGGAGGGGGCUCGGAGUGGGAGUCCAACAAGGGGUACAGGGGAGCUGGCCGCGCAAAGCCCAGGGGAGGCAGGGGGAAAGGCGUGCCCUACUGAGCCCCAAUCCCCCAUGCAGUGACAGGACAAGGGCCCUCACUCACUGCUUCUCCAACGAGGGUCCAAGUGGAUACCCCAUUUAGGAGGUGGGAGGGAGGCAAGUGAGCCUUAACUGAAAUCCUGACUGGGGACCCUUCUUACCUGAACCCAAACACCCCCACACACCCUGAGCAGGGGCGCCCUCUUGCUGUAUUUAGGGGGCUCAAGGGUAUUUUUUGUGGUGGUUUUUUUUUUUUUGUUUUGGUUGCCCCUUCCAUGGAGGGUUGAACUGCAGGACUGUCAGUCUGGGAGUUUUUCCUGUGGAAUUGAAAGUGCAGGGAUGAACAACGGAGCAGCACUUUCGGGGAGGGAGGGACCUGCUGUUUUCAGAUAUUAUGGGGUGGGGUUGUCGAGGGAACCUGUGGAUUGAAUGGAUCAGAAUAUGUGACAUUGCGCACACAGCAACACACUAGCUAGCUGAGGUGACACGCUGGACUAACAAAGACGUAAUGUGAAAUAUUGAAUUAUAUGUGAGAACAAAUGAAUUAACAGGAGGGUACUGCUGAAGAUGUAAAGACCUGUGACCCCUGACCUUGUGCCUCGUGCUCCCCUUUCAGUGACCCCUAAAUUGACCUCGCCCCAGAGGAGGGGGGGGGGGGGGGGGGGGGGCUGUAAGAGGAACGCACCACUUUGAUUUUUUGUUAGUUUUUUUUGUCACUGUGCAGCAUUGAUUUAGGGAUCCACGGUGAUCCUGCACUCAGACUGACUGACUGUAUUUCUGGACUGAGCAGUAGUGAUUCCUGCCGGGGGGCUGUCUGUCUUGUAUCUCUGUGUGGAAUACAAAUCGCCCCCUCCUGUGCUGGAAGUGGGCUUCAAGCUGGAUAGCAAUCUCUUAACUCCAUGGCAACGGUAGCAAUGUUCUUCUAGCUCGCUGGCUACCCCUGUGCUUUUAGCUGACUGUGCAGGCUUCAGCUCACCCAGGCGCACAGAGUGGAGGCUGCUGUGAAACUGGCACCAUUGUGGAUCCAGAAGGGCAUCAGUGCUGUGCUGGAAUCGAGAGAGCGACUGGCUCAAAAUGGCAGACCUAGGAAUGCGGUUUCACCACACCCUCCUUUACUCUCUAAACACCCCGCCCCCCCCUUUCCUGAAAUUGCAUCAAAGGAUCACACACAGUGCCCUCUAAUGUUUAGGCUGUCAUACCUCAAGGAAUUCCCUGUUUCAGUUUAAACUGUCCUGAAAUAAACCUUUGAAAGCUUUAAAUAUGAA